AAUCCAACGUGAAUAUCUGCUGGCCGAUUCCCUCUCUUCUGCGGCCACGAUCUUCUCUCCCCAAUCCCGAUUUAACAACAUUUUUUAUUUGUUUCUUUAUUCUAUCAACAAAUCCAAUUCCAUUUCCCAUCCUUCUUCCUUCACUCUCUACUUCAUCCGCAGCUGCUCAACUGCCUCAGCCGGCGACGACUGUGGAUUCAGUCUCCCCGCAUUGUCCUCGCUUCGUCUCUAUCUCACUCCUUUCGUGGGGCGAAGUUUACGUGAACGGAGAUGGUGGCAAAGGGAUUUAUAGUUGACUUAAACAAACCCCUUGUUUUCCAAGUUGGCCAUCUUGGUGAGGACUAUCAGGAGUGGAUUCACCAGCCGAUUGUCUGCAAAGAAAGCCCUCGAUUUUUUGGAAAUGACAUUGUUGAGUUUUUGACAAAAAAUAAAUGGUGGUACAUUCCUCUCAUUUGGCUCCCGGUCGUUGCUUGGUUCCUCGUUAAGUCCAUCUAUAUGGGUAAUACAAUUCCUGAUGUGGCCUUAGUGGCGGCCCUUGGCAUUUUCACCUGGACGUUGAUGGAAUAUUCCCUACAUCGAUUCCUCUUCCACAUUGAGACAAAGACUUAUGUGGGCAACACACUUCAUUAUCUUCUGCACGGCUGUCACCACAAGCACCCGAUGGAUGGCCUACGCCUCGUUUUUCCACCUGCCGCCACUGCAAUUCUUUUGGUUCCCUUCUGGAACUUAAUUAAAUUGGUGUCUGCUCCCUCCACUGCUCCUGCUUUAUUCGCUGGUAUACUUCUCGGUUACGUGAUGUACGACGUUACUCAUUACUACGUGCACCACGGGCAGCCAAUCAGCGAAUUCCCGAAAAAUCUCAAGAGAUAUCACCUAAACCACCACUUCCGCAUCCAUGACAAAGGCUACGGCAUCACUUCCUCGUUCUGGGACAAGGUCUUCGGAACUCUACCACCAUCAAAAGUCGAAGGGAAGAGUCGAUAAAUAUUUUUUUGCAGUGGAUUCUUUCAUUAGUAUAAGUUACUAAAAUCGCCUUCUCUGGAAAAGCUUUUCGUAUCCACCAUUUGGUUCGUCAAGCUUCAAAAUGUACGUCGUGUUUCCUUAGCAGUUUCCGAGCAGUUGCACCUUUGUAAUUUGUGGAUCCAAUUGUAUAAGUUGCUAUGGAGUGAAUGUGUGUUUAGCUACUUGUUUAGGAACUGCUAUUAAUAUGUACAAUUUUUUAAAAAUUCCAUUCAAUUUGAGAUGAUCUAUUGUUUUUUA